CGGAAGCGCGCUGCUGGUUUUGAGGGUGCGAUCUGGUAAAGGAGGGGAGGUGUACCCAGAGCCUGGGGGCUGGCGGCUGCUGCCCGGCCGGGGGAAGCAGCAUGUCUUUCCAGGAGUGCUGGGAGGAGUGGGAGGCCCUGGACAAAGAUUAUCAGCUGUUACAGGAAACACACAAGCUGUACAAGCAGCAGUUGGAAGAGGUGAUCAAACUUCAAAACGCCUGCCUCAGUUCCAUCGAACGACAGAAGAAGAAAUACAGGGAACUCUCCAAAAGUCUUGAACGAUGUCAGUUGCCAGAAAGCGAAGAGCAGUGGAGAGACACUGGUUUCAUCCAGGAACUGAUGAAGGAAAGACAAAACAUCUUCUUUGAAAUGGAAGCUUUCCUCCCAAAAAAAAACGGGCUGUACUUGAGUCUGGUUCUGGGAAAUGUCAAUGUGACCCUGCUCAGCAAACAGGCCAAGUUUGCCUACAAGGACGAGUAUGAGAAAUUCAAGCUCUGUCUUACCAUCAUCCUCCUCCUCAUCUCCUUCAGCUGCAGAUUCUUGUUAAACUCCAGGGUGGUAGAUUCUGUGUUCAACUUCCUCUUGGUAUGGUACUACUGUACACUUACAAUUCGAGAGAGCAUCCUCAUCAACAAUGGAUCCAGGAUUAAAGGCUGGUGGGUAAUGCAUCAUUAUGUUUCAGCUUUCCUGUCUGGAGUUAUGCUGACCUGGCCAGAUUCAAAAAUGUAUCAGAUAUUUCGAAACCAAUUUCUUUCGUUUUCUAUGUAUCAGAGCUUUGUGCAGUUCCUACAGUAUUAUUAUCAGAGUGGCUGCCUGUACAGACUCCGAGCCCUGGGAGAGAGACAUAACAUGGACCUGACGGUAGAAGGCUUCCAAUCUUGGAUGUGGAGAGGUCUGACAUUUCUUCUUCCGUUCCUGUUCUUUGGCCAUUUCUGGCAGCUUUAUAAUGCAAUCACCUUGUUCAGACUAACCAACCACCCAGACUGUAAAGAAUGGCAGGUUUCUAUGUGUGGCCUCGCAUUUCUCGUCCUGUUCCUUGGAAAUUUUCUAACGACCGUUCGCGUCAUCUACCAAAAACAGAAACAGAGGGAGAAAAAUGUCAAUAAACAAUUGUGAAACACGA